AUUCUUCAGUCACGUGCAUGUAGUGUAGUGUAGUGCAUGUCAUUCAUAGCAUACUUCGGUAUUAGCUGGUGAUACAGCAACUUGUCAAAUAGUUGUAAAUAUUUGUUACAUUUACAUUGUUUCUAUUGUAAGUUGUGUAACAUUAGCCCUCCCGCCGUGAUGGACGCACUGCUCUCCAGGCUCUUCUCCUCGGAAGAAGAGGAGCUGCACAUUUUGGACUGCAUGGCUUACUUUAUGGUUUUCAUGGCAGCCUGCACUUUCGUUACUUUGCUCUUCGAAAAUGUCCCAUACGGGCGAUAUGCUACCAGCAAAUAUGGAUUUCCAGUUAAUGUCAGGUUUGCUUGGUUCGUUCAGGAGCUGCCAGCGUUUGUGGUGCCUUUGUGUCUGGUAGUUUGGACAUCCUCUGGGAAAACCUCUCUAGUGCCCAACCAGCUGCUCAUUGCCAUGUAUUUCUGCCACUAUAUUCAGAGAUCCCUUAUUUAUCCGUUUUUAAUCCGAGGAGGUAAAGCAACACCAUUCGCCUCAUUUGCCCAGGCCUUUGUUUUCUGCAUCUAUAAUGGCUACAUGCAGAUCAGGUACCUGAGCCAUUAUGCUGAGUACCCUGCAUAUUGGGUUACACAUCCAUGCUUCAUCGCAGGGUCUGUACUGUGGUUGGUCGGUUGGCUGGUGAAUGUGCACUCUGACCACAUCCUGAGGAAACUGAGAAAGCCCGGAGAGACUGGUUACAAGAUUCCCACAGGCGGAAUGUUUGAAUAUGUGUCUGGAGCCAACUUCUUAGGAGAGAUAACAGAGUGGGCAGGCUUCGCUCUGGCUGGCCACUCUGUUCACAGUUCAGCUUUUGCCAUCUUUACCACAGUGGUCCUCGCCAGCAGGGCUGUGGCCCACCACAAAUGGUACCUCGCUAAGUUCGAAGACUACCCUAAAAGUAGGACGGCACUGAUUCCCUUCCUGUUCUAAAAACACUGUGUGUACUGGAAGCUUGAAAAGAUGAAAGAGGGACCUUGAAUUAAGUCCAACACAUUUUCCUGCCUCAUUUUGCUCUGGGUGUCAUGAGAAAGACUUUUCUACAUACCUCAUCAUCAUCACACACUCCUGGAAGGGAAGCCACUUUGGAACAAAAAGCAACAGCAUCUCUGUCCUGUAAAGACUGAGACUGUAGCAGGCCUGUCCACAGCUACUGGGCUGCAGGGAAAUCAAAUGGAGAUCAAGCAUGGCCCCUCAAUAACUCACCCAUGCCUGAAAUGAGAAGAAGAGAGUGUUACCUCAAUAUAUCACUCCUGUCAGGGUUUUCUGAGACAGAGAGAAGAGAAGAAGAACUGGUAAAGAAAUGAAAGGGGAAAGUAUCGAGGGGUAUGUGAAAGCAGUAGCACGUUGAGCAUAAAUGACACUGAAUGGAUGAGGGUGUGUGUGAUUUGAAUGAAAAGAAGGAGACUGGGAGAAAAGAUAAGAAAAGGAAACAUUGGUUUCAAUCUUAACAUCUCUUCUAUUGUGUAAUUGUUUCAUAAUCACUUUUACCAUGAGCCAAAUAAGUGAUCUGUGAUCUGCCUUAUUUUCAGCGUUUCUCAAAAUAGGUUUAGAUUGGAAACAAGUGUGAUUAUCUAUCACUUUGGUAACAUUUUUCACAACUUAAAUUCAUAUGCAAGGGCGUUUCCUCAUAACUUUUCUCCCUUUCCCAGCAGAGGACAUUUUCCAACCAGUAACAGACAAGGUCACGUCAUAUGAAUUAAAAAAAAAAGUGUUGCAUUUAAAAUAAAUGUAUUUUGUCAUUGUUUUUACACAUGGCCUCAUCAAUAAAUAAUAGGGCCGCUGUGUUUGAGUGUGAUGACAAAUGAAGGCUGUGUGUCGCUGAAGGCUACGCAGAGUAACAUCCUUCAUGUUCGAGGUCCCCACGGUCUCUCUUCCAGGCUAUUUCCUGUGUAUCCUCUUGAUCCACGCUUUUGGUAAUUGCAUCACUACAUUCCACAGCAAGUAUUUACUGAGCCUGCCAUCUGACUAUAAUACCAUUCAUCUUCAGGCAGACACCAUUGGAUGUUCUUUUUAUAUGCAAAGCAUUUCAAUGAACUAGCUUUUAACUCAAACUUACAUAUUCAUUCACGCAGGCUGCAGAACCUCCACAAGGAGCGCUACUCUGUAAUAUUCCAUUUACACAUGCCAACCUGCACCACCUAUAGGAAAGAAAAGCAACAGCAGCUUAAGAGUGUUACAACAGCAGUUUUCUUUUUUUGGCUGCUGUCACGUGUGUUCACGCGGUUUUGAGAAUUCAGGUUGUAAAACACCAAAUUUUAGCUUUUUAAGAUUUUGUCAAUUCAUUUAUAAUUUGUUUGUCUGUCUAAAUAUGUAUUUAUGUAUGUAAGUUGUUUCAGGAACUAGACCAUAAGCGACUGGAGAAAUGGUCAGCUAAUCAGAGCUAACUAUAAUAAUGCUAAAAAAAAAAAAAAGUGUAGAUCAAUAUCAAGCACCCAUUCCAGAACUUACAAUGCUAAUGUCCUUUUCUUUUGGCCUCUUCAUCCCAUGGCUUUUUUUUUUUUUUUUUUUUUUUUUUUUGUCGGUGUGUGUCUUUGGACAAAAUUUAGUUAGGAUCCUCUCCCUCCCUUUCCAAACCAACCAGAAGAACAGUCCUGGAGGACAGACAGUGACACUCAGAGCAGUGUGAACUCCAUAUUCUUCCCAGUAUUUAGCAGAAAAUAUGCUCCAGUUUAAGUAAUGCUCAGGUUUUGCCGGUUUAAAAUGUGUAAAAAGCAAUGCAAAGAAAAAUGAACAUAAAGCCUGCAGGGGUGCAAGUGUUACAAUUAAAGAAGCUAUGUUUUUUCUUGCCUAUAGAUGGCACACAUCAGCAUGCCUACAUCUUCAGGGCUAAACUGCUGUUGUUACUUUUCUUGCCUGGAGGUGGUGCAGAUUGACUGGAACCGCAUGUCCAGAUUUGCAGUUCUGAACAGGAGCCGCUGGAUGAUAUUCUCUGGGCCCAUUGUUACUCUGUCCAUGUUAUACUGUAUAUAACCCCACAGCGGGGCCGACACACCACAGGCAAUAUGUUCAUGUGUAGAAAUGUUAAAUAGCUGUUGAUAUAUAAGUGUAAAUGCAGCGUUCCACUAAUGUGGGUUAAAAAUCUGGAACAUGCUGCGGCCUCAUUAUCAUUCAGUCCACAUGCAGUCUCAGACUACUGCCUGCUUCCUUAAUAUUAUCUGCUAUUACUGUUAAGCCUGAGAGCAUACUGUUGACUUCUCCUGCCCUGUCUCUGUUUAUACGUGUGUGUGUGUGUGUUAGGCAUCUGUCAGCUAUGGCCCAGUCGUCACCAAUGUGGUAAUCCCAUAAAAGCUGACAAUGAGGCAAACCAGCCUUGAAAUCACACACACACAGUCAGUGUUGCCGUUUGGCUUGAGCCGAGAUUGUGACAUGAUGAGAUGAGAGGAAUAACCUAUUCAAUCUGGUGUGUCACUCAAACGCCUGUGUUUCAUACAGUGUAAGAUAGAGGGAGAUAGAAGGAAGAGCUGUGAUUUGUACAGGCGUACAGUGGGGAGUGAGCAGCUGUGUGUAUGCCUGAGCGUGUUAUACAGAGAGCUACAUGUCCUAGCCGGCACACAGUUUGCUCUGGGGGGUUUUCCUUGACUCUGUCACAUGCUGCACGUGAGUAGCAGGGGUUGGGGGCGGGCAUUAUGCAAGACGCUCUCUCCCUCACUCUCUCUCUUACAUGCAUACACAUCCCAGAAGGUGGUGGUUAUGCCUUAUCCAGCCUGCCUCCGCUCCAUCCAUAGAACUUAAUGGGCUGGGAGAUGGCUGUUACUGGGGCUGGGUGGAUGAUCAACACCACCUGCUAUGCAUUGCCCACAGCAUUUGGGCUCACGGGCCGCAGUGUACAUCUGAAAUAAUAAACAGAAAAAGAAGGAGCUCCAUUUAUGCUUAGACAGUGAAAAUACUCUGUUGCCCUGUGGAAUGCAGUGUGAGUUUUCUGCUGUUUGUAUGUGAGCAGCAUUUCAAGGGCCAGAGGUUGUGAUAAUGGCUCCCAGUAGUAUUUGAGAUGCCAGCUGACAUGACAAUGUGGCCUCCCUCUCUGUCUAAUGUUAAUGUAAAUAGUAUUUUAAAUGUUUAUAGUGUUUUUGUUGUGUUUUUUUUUUGUCAGAGUUUUCCUAAACAGAGGCACAGGAUACUGUGGAUCCAUGCCUGGGUUACCCACAGAGAAAGAGACAGAUUCCCUGUGUGUCCCAAACUAUUAAUGGCACACAAAUCCACCGCUUUGCAUAUAUAUAUAAAUAUGUAACAUCUCUUACCUUCUUAUUUCAGUUUAAAUAUGCGGCAAUACUUCAAGAUAGCUAUCUGAGGCUAGGGUCUUAACAGUUAUCUGUCAUUCCUGCAAGAUUCAGCCACUGUCGAGACGCAUAUUGAUGGGGGAUCCCCUAUGAACCCCACCCACCCGUUCCCCCACCCGGUGGUGAUGGCCGGGAGGUGGAGAUAAGAGAGUACCUCUGGGUUCCCAGCCCCUGCUUCAAGAGCCACUGGACCACAUUAUUGCCGUUUUACCGUGUACUUCAUGUGUUGUUCAAUUCAAUAAUUAUUAAAUAAAUAUUCAAUAUGUA